AUGUAUGAUUUCGAAGGAGAUCAGGGAGGAGCAGUACGACUAGACAGCGACGGUCUCGGCCCCGAUUACGACCAGCAAUACGACCAGCAAUACGACCAGCAGUCAUCAGGAAACGCUCAGAAUCCAUGGACCCACAGCGGAUUGGAAUCGGAAUACGAAUUUCGAUAUAAUGCUGCGGAUCCAACUGCUGCGUUGCUUGACGAAUGUUACCGGUGGGGAGCCUUCGCCGAGAUGCCCGUGUUGCCUGAGGGAGAAGACCUGUGGGGCGAGCAGGCCCCAUUGACGCACGGCUGGCAAGAGCGAGUGAUUCAAGAAAGUCGGGCGUUGAUGCAGAAUUACAAGAGCAACGCCGAAAUUCUGGAAAGCGUCUCGAGUGACACCAACAGCAAGCUGAGUCCGGAGGAAGAGAACGCCAUCUGCGCAGUGGUUCCGAAGCUGGUCCGAGCCUCAAUGAACGGAACCGUCCGGGGAGUAUACUUGGACCGCGGCCGGUCUCUAUGGCGCGCCAACUGGAGAGAGGGGGGACGAGUGCGCACAAAGGGCUUCCGGAUCGCAAAGUGGGGCACUUACGAGGCGCGGCGCAAGGCCAUUGAGGUGCGGAAGUUGAUGGAAACGCGUGCUUGUUUCCUUCGGCUGAAAGCGGUCGCAUUUGGGCUCACCAAAGGUGCUGGGCCGCGCAAGACGCCCGCUGCCUCUCAGUCAGACGACUCCAGCCAGUCCUGGGAAAUGCCUUCUUCCAGACGCAGCAAACGGUCCAAGAAAACCCACCAAUCGUCCAAGCGAGCUCGUAAGCACGAAUCCAACUCAGGCCCGGAAGACACAAGGAAAGCCGCCGCCUGGAUCGAGCCGCCGGCCGACAUGCCGAACUUCUCCACAGACACCUUCUACCCCAACGCAUCGACCGACUCCACUGUUCCUAACCGCGCCACAUCCAGCUGA